AUGGCACAACUUUUUCUCUCUUUCUUGGUUAUCACAUUCACAAUCUGCAGUUUUGCAAUCACUGUCGAAUCUCGUUCUCAUGCAAGAACGUAUGUUGAAUCACAGUGUAAAUCAACGAGAUAUCCUGAUCUAUGUGUUCAAACCCUUUUACCCUACGUAAGCAAAAGAGGAUUACCAAGCUCACAACUACAAGCUCAACUUUCGUUAGCAACAUGUCUAUCCACAGCUCGCUUCACAAAGGUUUAUAUGAACAUGGUAGCAGAUAAAUUGAAUGAAACGAGUAAUUCAGGAGACUACCAAGCAAUGGAAGAAUGCAUGCAUCAAAUGAAUGAUGGAGUGAAGCAAAUUACCCAGUCGUUUAAGGAAUUACAACAAAUGGGAAAAGAUGGGUAUCAAAAGUUUUUGUGGCAUGAGAGUAAUGUGCAAACUUGGGUCAGUGCUGCCUUGACGGAUGCGACGACAUGUGUUGAUGGAAUCUUGGGGGAUGGAAUCAGUGAUAGAGAAAAGGCUAUGAUUCAAGCGAGGAUCUUGAAGGUGAAGCAACUCGCUAGCAAUUCUCUUGCAUUGUUUACUCGCUUCACGUCCAGAUAUCGUGCUUCACAUGGCAUCAAAAUUCCCUAA